AUGCGCCCGGCUCUGCUGCGGCUUUUGAAGAGGCCGUCAGCUGUCUCCUUCCUAGGCGAUCUUGUCUCGAACCCCUUGGGCAUUGAGCAAUUGGAUGUCAGUCGUAGGUGCAUCAAGUGCCAGAUACGUCGGGAUCACAAGAGGGCGGCCUUUCGCGAAGAUGUCUCCCUGUCCGGUGCUGGAGCCGACUCGACCGCUCAACAAACUCGGCCUGAGCCCGAAGCUGCAUUCAAACUCCGUGUUCACGAUAUCACGCCUACAAGAAAACAGCAUACUACUCCUUCCAUACAAGUUCAGCCAGAUUUAACUGAGAAAAAUAACGACGAAAAACAUUGGGUGCUGGACCCUGACAGACUUGAAUACGAAUCCGACGUGGGCCAUCUGAACGACAUCGGAAGCCGGUUAGUAGACGAUCCGAGUCGGCGGAAUGAUUUCGAACUGUGGGAAGAGCUCCUUCGAUACCGACAGCGCCAUUAUGGGGAAAAAGGCACAUUAGACAUCUGGGAAGGUAUGACACAAAGGGUGGAUGGCGUCGACCUGCCUGUUGAAGGGGAACAGGCGGAUCUCUUCUGGCAGAGCUUCGUCGGGAUCGGGUUGAAAAGGGAGCAGGUCUUAAAUGACCUAGCGGACUAUGCAGGCGAGCUCUGGAAAAGGACUGGAAAGCGGUGGCCCCGAUUUCAUGAAGCAGUCGUUGGUGGAUUUCUGGACCGCGGUCUGCCUACUCAGGCGGUUCACUGGCACCGCAGGCUUCAAGAUCCCCAUCUGUCGCAUCCGAAUGAUAUCGUGCGUGUUCUGGAUAAGGCGUUGUCUUGUGAGCCGCGGAAUUACGCGGGUCCGUUCCUAGCCUCGAGAAACGAACAAGUUGACAGCUCACGUGCAGGCUUGCAGGCCUUCAAGGAUAUGUGCCGAGCAACCGAAGGCCACAGAAUAUACAAUGCCGUCAUUCCAGCUCUAAUAAGCAGGGGCCGAUAUGUGGACGCUAUCUUCAUGCACGAUUUCCUCGUCAACCGUCGGGACCUACCUCAGAGCUUCGAAGAUAUCAGGCCGUUGCUGGAAUAUACGCAACAGUCGCGGCCUUGGCCUAGCAAGAAAAUCAAGGAAGAUGUUAAAAGGAUCAAAAAAGGUCUGAUAGGUCUGCGACAAAAACUGGCACCUCCGGAUAGUCAAGAUACAGAUUCUAGAGGCCAGUCUCAGCCUGAGUCAGGAGGAACCGCAACUGAAGAAAAGGGCGGAAAUAGUCUUAUGGAGGAAAAGCCUUUCAAAGAUGAGUUCGGAGCGCGACUCUUUGCUACAACGGCGGUCACCUUGGACACGAUCAUCAGUGGUCUACAAAUGUUCGGGGUUCCUGCCAUUGGACCGCUUUCCCUCAGGGAGAUGGCAUUGAGAGCAAACGGGUCAAGAGACAUCUUGGAGAAGAUUGCAGCGCUUCGCAAGGGCGGCAUUGCUAUCCGCGACUCGACUUUCUCGAGACUUGUUGAGAAACUGGCAACCGAGAAUAGAGACAUCAUGCUCCACGAUCUGCUUCACAGUGACCAGCACCCGGAUGUGCUUGAAGAUGCAGACUUACAAGAGUCACUUUUGGUUUCUUAUUACAUGGCUCGAGAUUGGCGGCAGUACAACCUCACCCUGACCAUCCUUAGCGAAAUCUCCGAAGAUGGACCGGACUUGCUUAAUGUCCACUUUCGCAAGCAUAUUGCGGCCGAAGAAUGGACUGCUGCCUUGGCGACCGUCGACGAGAUUCAUCGGAAUGGAAAGAUGCUCUCGAACAGGAGCAUCGAUUUCAUGAUUGAGCAUGUGCUCACACCACGGGUUCCAGGGAAAGCUCCCCACCCGAAACGUCGUCAUCGUCCUGUUGACGAGGAGGCAUUCCUGAUUCGGACUCUCCAGCAAGUCGCCGAGUUUGGAGGAAAGGUCAAUCCAGAAUUGUGGCUCGAAGCGUUGAAGCGGCUAGGAAUGGCCAAUUUCUGCCGUUGGAAUGAAAUCCGGAACCUGUGCCUGUGGCUUGCGCGGCAUUAUGCGACAAGUGAGAACCCCCCGAUAGCCCGUAAUCUAUCCGGCUCUGCGUCGAACGCGGGGAAAUCCACGGCGAGUUCGCAUUUGGCAGAGCACCGAAGCGUACUGCGCCGUGUCUUCAACCCUCAGAUGCAGAUGGCCCUUGUCGCAUGGGGAUUCAAACUGCGACCGGCCUCCAAGAAGAAGAAGAGGUAUGAAAUUCCAGGGGCUGAGGGCCAAGACCUGGUGCCCUGGGUCCGUGGUCUAGUGCUCCUCCGCGAACUGCAGCAGCGAGGGGUCUGGAUCUCACCGGGCCUGGUUCGUCGGGCAUGUCGACAACGCUUGGCGGUGCUGUUCGGGCGUCCUCGACUCUCGAGUCGACGCUGGAACCGGCUGUUGCGGCGUGAAAACCCAUACGAAGCUUCGCGAGUCGUCGGCGACUUAAUCAAGGUCUGGGGCCCAUCGCUCUUCGGUGGGCAGGAGAAGGACGACUUGGAGGGACUGCUGAACCCACCGAACUCGAGGCUCUCUCUGCGGCGGAGUCGAGCUAACCGGUUGCAGGCAGCGCAAUGUUGA